UUUUUAAAAACUUUUUACACUGGAGAGCAAUAUUAAAUUUUAUGACAGCUGGUAUGAUGUAUAAAUGCUGACAUGUUGCCAAGAUCUGCUCUUCGUUUACGUGUAGUUAUAAAACAUUUGAGGCUAGCAAAAAUGUCCAGCAAAGCCCCAGAUGAAAUACUCUUCCACCACACCAACAACACUGGGGUGAUCACAUUGAACAGACCAAAGGCUUUAAAUGCCUUGAAUCUCUCUAUGGUGCGCAAGAUGUAUGACCAGAUGAAGAAAUGGGAGGAUGACCCAAAGAUAGGACUUGUGCUGAUCAAAGGAGAGGGGGAGAAGUCGUUCUGCGCUGGUGGUGACAUCAGAGCUGUAACAGAGGCUGGAAGAAAAGGGGACAGUUUAGCCCAGGAUUUUUUUAAGGAAGAAUACAUCCUCAACCAUAAAAUAGGCAACUACAAGAAGCCAUAUGUAGCUCUAAUUGAUGGGAUUACAAUGGGAGGGGGUGUUGGCUUGUCUGUACAUGGGAUGUUUAGAGUGGCCACAGAAAGGACAAUGUUUGCAAUGCCAGAGACUGGGAUAGGCCUAUUUCCUGAUGUUGGAGGUGGCCAUUUUCUCCCCCAGCUUGAAGGAAAGCUUGGAAUAUUCCUGGCCCUCACAGGUUUCAGACUGAAAGGUCGUGAUGUGCAGAGUAUUGGGAUAGCUACACACUUUAUUGAUUCUUCAAAGGUGUCAGAAUUAGAGAAACGUCUUACAAAUCUAAAUGUUGAUGCAGGCAAAGAAGGUGUGGCUGGUGUUUUAAAUGAACUACAGAGUCAGUCCCAAGUAGAAGCUGAUAAAGAAUUUAUCCUGAAACCUCAUGUAGAGCAAAUCAACAGGCUGUUCUCUGGUCAAACCAUGGAGAAAAUAUUUGAAGCUUUACAGAAAGAUGAAUCAGACUGGGCCAAGAAACAGCUGGACAUUCUUAAAAAAAUGUCACCAAUUUCUUUAAAGAUUACCUUAAGACUUCUACUAGAAGGUAAAAAUAGAAGCCUGGCAGAAGAUCUGAAAAUUGAGUACAGGUUAAGUCAGAGGUGCCUGGAGGAGAAAGAUUUUUACGAAGGUGUAAGGGCAGUGUUGAUAGACAAGGACAACAACCCACAGUGGAACCCUGCCAAUAUUAAAGAUGUCCCACAGAGUAAAGUUGAGUGGUUCUUCUCUCCCCUUGAUGCCAAACGGGAAUUAAAUUUGUGAUCUAUUUAUCCUAUAGUUGUUCUGUUAAUAUUUGCCAUUUAAAAAAAAAGAUGAUUUUUACAGACAUUAACUUUUUGACUUAAAUUUAGUAAUGCCGAAAAUGAGGUUGGUGUUACUACUGAACUCUUCAAAGCUAAAAAAAUUUUUUUUUAAAAUUAAAAUAGUGAGCAGUGUAUCACACUGGCAUUUUUUUUGUUGUAAGAUGUAAUAGAAUUGGCCCAAUGUUUUAUGUAUGCUGCUGUGGUUGUAUGUAGAAAAAAAAAAUUUGAUGGAGAAUGUAGAUAGAUGGAAUAAGCUUCCUGGUGAUUUUAGUUUUAUUGAUGCUAAAGAUUUUAAUGAUAUUACAUGUCACUGUUUCUAAUAAUACAUGUGUGACCCUUCUCGAGUUGAAUUCAGGUUAAUUUUUUAGUUGUUUUGUUAGUC